AAGAUGGCGGUGAAUCAGAACCACACAGAGGACCGCCGUGGGGCCACCAUCCCUCGUGGCGAAAGUCUCCUGAAGAGAUCUUCAGAUGUGGACCUCUCCUUCCCCCAGCCACCACCAGGCUCCAGCUUCUUCAGUGGUACAAAGAGGGGUACACUGUUUCUCACCUCAUAUCGGGUGAUUUUUGUGACGUCACGCUCAGACAAUGAUCCCAUGUUGUCUUUUAUGAUGCCAUUCCAUCUAAUGACGAACUGCACUGUUGAACAACCAAUCUUUGCUGCAAACUACAUUAAAGGGACAAUUCAGGCAGCUCCAGAUGGUGGCUGGGAAGGAUCAGCGACUUUUAAAAUGGCCUUCAGGAAAGGAGGUGCCAUCGAGUUUGCCCAGCUGCUGGCCAAAGCCGCCUCCGCUGCUGCCCAAGGAACUCCACUCACAGUUUCAAGUUUCUGGAUAAGUCCUCUAGGAAUCAUUGUCAUAGCCGGGGAGAGGAGCACGUGCGCCCCACAGGCAUGCCAAGCUGCCUAUGGAGCCCCACCUGCGGGACACGGAGCCCCACCUCCCAGAUACGAUGUCCUGCCUCCUGGAUAUGGAACUUGGAUGUAUGGAUCCCCUCCUCCUCUGUAUGGAGGCCUGCCUCCUGGAUAUGAAGCCCCCACUAUGGAGUAUGGAGUCCCACCUCCCAGAUACGGAACCACAGCUGUGAUGUCUAGUUCUCCACCUCCCAGAUAUGAAGCCCCACCUAUGGGUUAUGAGACUUUGCCACCCGCUCAGUCGGAAGCAGGACAUCCCAUUUCUAUGGCAGCCCAGACUCCUGGAUUCCAAGCAUCUUUUCCCUCUACCUCAUCUUCACAAGCUCAUUCUCCCCCCCUCUAAGAUGUAAACCUUGAAGUUUCACCAAGCAAAACCGUACACUAGCAUUGAAGUUAAGAAAGAACGUUUAGGUAUAUGAUCCCAGCCUCAUCCUAGGUAGUUGGUCCCCCACCUAGGAAGUUCAGUUAUAGGACAGAACUAAGAUUUAUCUCCAUGCCUUGAUUUACAAAGCAGUGUCAUUCUUGAUUAGCUGGAUAAAGGAGUAGCACCAGAGGGCUAAUUCCCUAAUGACUUGGUUGACAUUGGAUGCAUUUUAAAACAUAUCUUGACAUGAGCUUGCAAAAAGCUUCCUGCCUUUCUCCUCAUCUGCAUUAGAAAACCUUUAUAAUACUCUGUUUGGUAGAAACUAAGAUCUGCUAAAAUGUUGCAUUGAGAGCUGGGCCUGGUGGUGUAGGUUUAUA